ACUAAUGCUACUUAUUACUACUAGUACGUUAGAAUUAUAAAGCUGAGACUUGUUCUUCACUACCUAAUCCCUCCUAUUUUCUCUCUUUACUACUAGUACUUCUACAUCUCUUAAACCACCUCCAUAUUUUUCGUUUCUCCUUUUUCAGAUCUCUCUUACUUUUACUUUCCCUAAUCCACUAUACCCAAAGAGAAGUAUUUCUUCUUUUUUUCUUUCUUUUGGAUUUUAAAAUUUUCUUGAAAAGUAUUCACUAUAAUCAUUUUGUGAUUAUAUUAGUUUUUUUUUUUGUUCAUUUGGUGGUGUGUAAGGCAUUUGGGUAUUACAUUAUAUUAUACGCCCAUUUUGUGAAGUGGGUUCUUUUUUCUUUUUCUUUUUUUGAAAGAGAGAGAGUUGCUCAAAUGACUGAGUUUGAGUUUGAGAUUGUUUGAAAGGUUUGAUCUUUUUGACACAGGGGCAGUUUUAUGGCUCAUCCAUCAGACCAUAGGUCCUUUAGUCGUGGGACAGUGCGAUUUGUUUUGGUUCUGGUGGGUUUGUUUUUGGUUGUUUACAUGGUCAGACCACCAACAUUGCGGCACUAUAAGGCUUUGUCUUCAUGUCCUCCAUGUCUUUGUGAUUGUGAGGAGGAUUCUAUGUUCUCCCCUAUAGACAUCUUAAACAGCUCAUUGGCAGAUUGUGGUAAAGAUGAUCCUCAGAUGAAUGAAGAGAUGAAGAAGGACAUUGCUUCUUUACUAGCGGAGGAGAUUAAUUUGCAGAAAAAUGUUACUGAUGACAUUUUGGAGCGCACCAAGGCUCUAAUUAUGAGCGCCAAAAGAGCAUCUUCGCAUUACCAAAAAGAAUCAGAGAAGUGCAACAUAGGGAUAGAUACAUGUGAGGGAGGUAGGGAAAAGGCUGAAGCUGCAUUGAUAGAAGAGCGCAAGCUCUCUGCACUGUGGGAGACUCGAGCCAUUGAGUUUGGCUGGAAGGACUAGUGAAGUCUUAAUUCCAGGAAAAUUAACCAUUUUGGUUGCUGUUAGAAUUAGAAUAGACAAGCACUUACAUGCCUCUUUCCUUGUAUACCCAUUUUGUGAAUAUGGUUUUUGCUUUUGGUCUGUCUUGGUUUCAUUCCACAUACAUCAGAUUAUGUUGAUUUCAGUUAAUAAUCUCGUUGAUGUUUUCCA